AUGUGGCAGGCCCUCGGCGACGCCGGUCUCCUCGGCAUCACGGCCGACGAAGCCUACGGCGGUCUGUCGAUGGGUUACCAAGCGCACUGCAUCGUGAUGGAGGAACUCUCGCGCGCUUCGGGCUCGAUUGCCUUGUCCUAUGCCGCGCACAGCCAAUUGUGCGUGAACCAGUUGAGUCUGAACGGCAACGCCGAGCAAAAGGAGAAAUACCUGCCGGGACUGAUUUCCGGCGAAAAGGUCGGUGCGUUGGCCAUGAGCGAGAGUGGAAGUGGAAGCGAUGUGGUCAGCAUGCGGACGACGGCCAAGAAGGUCGAGGGCGGGUAUAAGCUCAAUGGAAGCAAAAUGUGGAUCACCAAUGGCCCGGAUGCGGACGUGAUUGUGGUGUAUGCCAAGACGGAGCCAGAUGCUGGAAGCAAGGGAAUCACGGCUUUCAUCGUUGAGACGAAGAAGGACGGGGUCAAGGCAGAGGGGUUCGAGUGCCUGAGGAAGCUGGACAAGAUGGGCAUGCGUGGGUCGAACACCGGCGAGCUAGUGUUUGAGAACGUAUAUGUGCCCGAGGAGAAUGUGCUGGGCAAGGUCAAUGGGGGCGUGAGGGUGUUGAUGGAGGGAUUGGAUCUGGAGAGGCUGGUGCUGAGCGCGGGACCGCUGGGUUUGAUGCAGGCGGCGCUGGAUGUUGCCUUGCCGUAUGCUCACUCGAGGAAGCAGUUCGGCACCCCGAUUGCCCAUUUCCAGCUGUUGCAGGGCAAGUUGGCGGAUAUGUAUACCAAAUUGCAGGCAUCGAGGGCAUACACGUAUGCGACGGCCAAGACGGUCGAUGAGCAAGGAAUUAUCAAGACGCAGGAUUGCGCUGGUGCCAUUUUGUAUGCGGCAGAGAGGGCAACCGAGGUCGCUCUGGAUGCUAUUCAGAUCUUGGGCGGUAUGGGCUACAUGGAGGAGAUGCCGGUGUCGAGGAUCAUGAGGGAUGCCAAGUUGUAUGAGAUUGGCGCGGGCACCUCAGAAGUUAGGAGGAUGGUCAUUGGAAGGGCUUUCAACAAGGACUCCUUCAUCGCGCUUCUUCCUUAG